AUGCCUAAACCCAGAACCUCCCAAUUGGCCUCUCUUCGCACUUUUCUUCGCUCAUUCUCGUCCUCCUCUACAGAAUCCCGAUUUCCCUUCUCUAAAAUUUCCUCAUUUAACUCCGCCUCCCAGCCGCCGCCCCACCACCACCAGCUCUUCACUCAUCUGACCAGCAACAAUGGAUCUUGGGCGCAACCCAUCUCGCCGUUUUCGAUUUCGUCGAGGCUCAUUUCCUCAGACACUGGUGGCGGAGGAGAAAAGAAGAACCCACUCUCGGAAGAGGAGGGAUCAGAAUCCCUUGCGAAGUCUCUUUCUCAGGAGCUUAUAAAGAACCCAGAUGCUGAAUCACUUUCAUUGUCGCAAAGGUUGGAUCUUUCUUUCUCUCAUGUGAAGAUCACGCCUUCAAUUGUUGCCAGCACACUCAAUAUUGUUGCCAGCAUAGUCAAUGGUUCCUCUGAAGAAAAGUUCCCUGGUGUUAGGAGCGGAGUGUUGGAUUUUCUCAAAUGGGUAAGUUCAAGACCUAAUUUUCAUGUGGAUGAUGAGUUGUUAUCUUAUUUUGUGAUUUAUUUUGGGAGGAGGAAGGACUUUAAAGCCACACGUGAGGUGCUAGUUGAUGGGGUUCGGAAAACAGGGAAGACAUGCUUUGAGUCGUUUGUUGAUAGGUUAGUUAGGGCUGGAAGGCCUGAUGAUGUUGUUCACUUGUUUAAGAUAAUGGAAAAGGAAUAUGGGUGGACUAGGGAUAAGGAUUCUUUGAAGUUUAUUGUCUCCAAACUUUGUGACUAUGGUUUUGCUAAACCUGCUGAGAAAAUGGUGAAAAGUUUGGCUAAUGAGUUUUUUCCCGAUGAAUAUAUCUGUGAUGCCUUGAUCAGAGGGUGGUGUGUUGCUGAGAAACUAGACGAGGUGAAAAGAGUAGCCGCAGAGAUGUAUAGGGGUGGAUUUGAGAUUGGUACUUCGGCCUAUAAUGCCAUCUUGGGUUGUGUUUGUAGGCUUUGUAGGAGGAAGGAUCCAUUUCUGUUGCUACCCGAGGCAGAAAAAGUAUUGUUACAAAUGGAAGAAGCAGGGGUCCCGCGAGAUGUGGAGACCUUCAAUGUGUUGAUUAGUAAUUUGUGUAAGAUUAGGAAGACGACCGAUGCUGUAGAUUUGUUUCACAGGAUGGGCGAGUGGGGUUGUUAUCCCAACGAAACAACAUUUCUUUUAUUAAUUAGGAGUUUAUUUCAAGCAGCCCGGGUUGGGGAAGGUGAUGAGUUUAUAGACAGGAUGAAGUCUGCCGGAUACAGUGAUGCACUUAACAGGAAGGAAUAUUACGGCUUCUUAAAAAUAUUGUGCGGCAUAGAGAGGAUCGAUCAUGCCAUAAGCAUCUUUGCAAAGAUGAAAGAAGAUGGUUGUGAACCAGGAGCUCUGACUUAUGACUUGCUGAUAGGAAAAUUGUCUGCUCAUGGAAGAUCGGAUAAAGCAAAUGCACUUUUCAAGGAAGCCGAGAGCAACGGGAUCCCCAUUGAACAGAAAACUUAUAAGCUAGAUCCUAGGUUUGCUAAGAAGAAACCUAUUGCUGUUAAGAAAGAAAAGAAGAGGGAAACACUGCCUGAGAAGAUGGCUCGGAGGAGGAGACGGCUUAAGAAAAUUAGACUUAGUUAUGUUAAGAAGCCAAAGAGAACCAUGCGCGCAAUGUAA